CCGUGGGAAAGGCAGUGCCUCACCGCUUUAUUUAGAACAGCCCGAGAGGCCUUUUCGGUUGCAGUGUCUAUUUUGUACGUAAAAAGCGGGAGUUGGCCACUGCGUUCAAGCGGGAGGUGUGUUACCCUGCCCGAGUAUGGAAAAAUAGCAAGAAAAGCAUCAUUUUGGCCAUGUACAAGACUCAUGAAAUUCUCUAUCCACAUUGAAACAAUUAGAUGUCGUAAUUUUUAAGAUUUCCCUAAAACCUCCUUCCCUAGAAGUGCUUUCUACUCCACUGGCUGAGUACUUUUUAAAAUUUAGGUAAUCCAUCUUUAGUUUUGCUACUUUGGAACGAUGCUGGUGCAACAGAUUGCUUCUGUGAUUACAUAAAAAUUUGGACCCUAAAGCAUGAGUUAAGCCAUGCCUGUUUCAGCUGAUGAAACUGCGGGGAACCUGGCUGUGAGAGAUACAGUCCUUACUCCAGCUGGAAUUGAAGGAUUACAAGAGUCAUCAUCUACACAGAAUGUAAAAGCUCGACAAGUCAUAUCAAGAAUCAGUCGAGAGGAACUGGAAGACAGAUUUCUUCGUCUACGUGAUGACCAUAUCCUACUCAAACAGUAUGCCAAUAAGCAAGAGGAGAAAAUUAAAAGAAUGACCACCAAGUUAAUACGGCUCGUUAAUGAUAAAAGAAAAUGUGACCAGGCUGGCUCUGGACCCAAGCGGCUGGGUCAGGCUCUGGAGCUGGAAGAAAUGAUUGAGCAUUUGCGAGAAAAAGUCUGUGAGCUUGAGAAACAAAAUGAGAGCCUCCGCAACAAACUCAUUUCAACUAAACAGCAGCUCCAGAUUCAAGGCCAUAGGCCUUGUCCGUACAGCUCCGUUCAAUCUCGUGUGAACACUGGUCUCAAAAAAGAGAGUGAGACUGCUGGCAUGCCAGAGCACACCAAGAAGGGAAUGAGAUUUCAAGGUUUAGAAGUGAGAUCAUCUGACCUUGUGCUUCCUAAAUAUGGACAGAGUCUGCUCGAGGAUUCAAGAGCUGAAAUCAGAAAUUUGGAGACUGUCAUUGAGUCCCAAAAGAACCAAAUUGAGGAACUAUACCGUGCCAGAGAGAUUCUUGGGAAUCAACUAAGAAGGAAAGAAAAGGAAAUUGAAGAAUCCACCCUACGGCUGAAAGAGCAGGGUACAGCAAGCCAAAGGCUAAACAUUCAGGACAAUGUGGAAAUGAUCAAGGUCCGUAAACAGCUGGCUGAGAAAAGCAAUGCUCUUUCAGCAAUGGAAGGAAAGUUUCUCCAGCUUGAAGAGAACCUAAAGAACUUGAAGACCAACCAUGAUGCUUUAUUAGCAAAAGGUGAUGAACUGAAUGUUCAGCUUAAAGAGGAGCGGUUAAAGUGCUUUCAUCUUCAAAAAGAAUUGCAGACAGUAACUAUUUCAAACAGAAGGACAGAAGAGUUACAGGAAAGAAUAAAUGAUCUAGAAAAUGAGAACAAACUGUUGAAGGAAAACUAUGAUAAGCUGCAUAACAGUGUCUUCAGUCUGCCCCAUGAACAGCAAUGGAAAUCAAAGGAACAGCAACUGAAACUGCAAAUUGCUAAACUAGAGGCAGCUAUCAAAAAUGAUCUAGCAGACAAAAAUGAAAUCCUUGACAAGAUCAAAGUAGAAAGAGACCAAAAGGAAAAGCUGAUGCAAGACAACAAAGACCUGCAGUUGCGCUACCUGGAACAAAAACAGCAACUAGAUGAUCUGAAAAAUCAAGUGAAGUGUUUAACGAAGGAUAGAAAGCAACAAAAGAAUGUGGACCUUCUGUUCUUGGAAAAAGUGGAAGAUGAUAUCCAUAAAGAUGUAGAAUACUCCAUGCAGGAGCUGCAGUUAACACAUGUGGAAACUGUGCAAGAACUUGAAAAGACAAGGAAUUUGUUACUUGUGCAGCAUAAAAUUAGCAAAAAUUACCAGACUGAAGUAGAAACAAUGACAAGAAAGAUGGAAAGUCUGCAGAAAGAUUAUGAGUUAAAAUUGGAACAGUAUACCCAUCUUCUCGAUAUUAGAGCUGCACGUAUCAGAAAACUAGAAGCCCAACUAGGAGACAUUGUGUAUGAUACAAAACCACUUAAGUCCAGACAAGAAGUAUUGGUGAAUGAUCCAGUGGGUGGAUUUGUUGAAACUGUUCAUUUAGAAAGAGGAGAGAACCUUUUUGAAAUUCAUAUCAGCAAAGUGAUCUUCUCUUCUGAAGCUAUGCACACUUUUGGUGACUGGGAACCUGCAACCUUUUGUACUUACGCAUUCUAUGACUUUGAACUUCAGAUAACCCCAGUAGUUCAUGGGAAGACCCCAUCAUAUGACUUCACUUCUCAGUUUCUUGUGCAGUCUGAUGAUAGCUUCUUUCACUAUAUACAGGAAAACAGCAUCACACUGGAGGUUCAUCGUGCGUAUGGCAUAGAUUAUGAAACAAUUGCUUCUUGUCAGCUUAAGUUCCAGGAAAUCUUGGAAAAGGAAGGCAAGAUCUACAACACAGCAAAUUUAGUUGGAAAAGCAGGACACAUUCAAAAUUAUGGUACUGUAGAAUACUGGAUCAGGUUGCAAGUUCCUAUGGACCAAGCUAUUCUUCCCUACAAACAGAGGUCAAAGGAUCUGGGAUAUGGGAUAAUGCCCAGUUUUAGGAAGCAUGAACAACCAUCCAAGACUCCAACACUCAAAAUGAAGCAUCGUACAGCUCAAGCACACAAGAGAGUCUCUUUUCUGGAUCUUAGUGCAGUACAGAUGGCACAUGUGGUACAGGAUGCUAAACAGCUGUUGGGUGACAAAGUGAAGGACAUGGGUGAAGAAAUUCAGCAGGAAAAAGAAGAGCUUUCUCAUCUGUCAGAAGAGCAAUUGGCUGACCUAACAUUGAUUACUUCUAGAGAUGAGACAGAAAUAAUUGAAGAAUUGGAACCAGAAGGUCAAGAAGAUCAUCAAGAGGAUGAUGCUGUUGAAUCAAUAAAAACUGAUAGUGAUGACUGUAUUAUUUCAAGUCCAGUAUCCACUAAUAUUAAACAGCUGAGUCACAGUAUACAUGGCAAUUAUUUGGAAGUUGAAAAAAUCCAGAUUAAAAUUACAUCACUUGGUCUUACUGAGUCACGAAUAACAGAAGAUGAAACAAUACAGCAGCUGUUUGUAGAAUGCAGAUUAAACAAUUUCCUUGCAGAGGAGACCCCACUGUCACUUCCAAAACCACCUAGUGGUCAGAGGAUUCACUAUAACUAUAGCACUGCGAUAAAUGUAGAUAAGGAAGAUAAUCAUGCAGAAAGAGAGUAUCUCAAGUCAAUUCUUCUAAAGCCAGAUCUACCUGCUGACAGCCUAAAAUUUACAGUGGUCAGUGAUCCUCCAGAAGAUGAGCAGGAUCUUGAAUGUGAGGACAUUGGAUUUGCUUAUGUCAGUUUAAAAGAGAUAUUCCAGAAGCAAAGAGAUAUCAUUGAGCAAGAUAUUGAUGUUUUUGAUUCACAAGAUGCCAGUGCAGUAAUUGGAAAGCUCACAGUGACAGUGGAAGCCCUCAAUGCACUGUGUUCAGUCCAUGAGGAAUGCAAAAAUGAUUAGGAGGCAGGAAAGGGACAUUUGCCUAUGGACGUUCUUGCUCCCAGUGUAAAGAUACACUUGAUGGUUCAUCAAAAAUUAGAUCUUUAUCAUUCUCACAGUAUACUUAAUGUAAAAUGUAUAUUAAAAAGAUGUUUGAUGUCCAGAAAUAAGGUUUUGUACACUUUUUAGUCUGUUUUCUUUUUUUUAAGGUCCUUGCUGAAUUAUACUCAGGCUCUCGACACUUGAUAGUGUAAGAAUCUAACUUAGUUCCAACGAAGUUUGGUUUCUAAUGCAAGCUUGCUUGUAAAUUAUCAGAUACCAUUUGGGGGUAUUUUGUCUAAGGAAAUAAGUGAUGGUGAACCUUCAAACAGAAAUGCUUGUAGAUUGUUACUAGGAUUAGUUCUGCCACAAUACUAUGUCAGAAUACAAUAAUUCCUGUUAGAAGUGACCUCAGGUAGUUUUUAGUCCAGUCACUGCAGGAUUAGGUAUUAUGUUAGGCCAUGUUGCUCAGGGCUGUAUCCAGCCUGGUCUGAAAACUUCCAAGGACAGGCAAUGCUUUACUGCUCUCUGCACAACCUGUUCCAAUGCCUGACUGUUCUCACAGGAAAAAAAGGAGACACAUUUCUACACAUUCCUUCAAUCCAAAUUGAAGCCAAAGCUAGAUCUAAGCACAUGGAGCAGCUUUUGCACUUAAUGCACUGUCUAAUAAUUUAAUUUGUUGUUGUUUUUUUUUUUUAAUUCUAGGGUUGGCAUGUUUAUAAUUUGUUUCAGCCAUUUACAUUUUGCACAGAAAUAAAAAUAACAAAGCAUUUUAGCGUUGAUUUUCAUGCUUUGCAAUAUACCAUCACAUUUUUAUCUAAUUCUGUAAAGCAAUUGACAAAAAAUACCUGUUAUUGUUAUCAAAGUGGUUUGCUCAGGUAAUGUUUUUGUAGAUUUCAGUGGUUAACAAUUUGUUAUGGUUUAUUCCUGGGUUCAGAGUUUUUUAUAUUAGGCUUAGAUUAUUUUAAGAGUAAGGACAGCUGCAACAGUGCAAGACAGGUCUUCCACACAAUUAGCAAUUAUUUGUAUAACAUUUUUAUGGAACUGUCAUUCUUGUUAAAUGCAGAAUUAUUUCCGUAUGUAUUAAAGUCACAAGAGCUGAACUAUUCUUGAAAAAAUGUUGCAAAAAUGUGGUCCUUCUACUGCUACAAAAAAAUCAAUAAAGUAAACUCUGUUUUGCUUGUUAUAGACCAGUGGUUAUUCUGAUUACCUACUUAUAAGUAUAAAUAGCUACACAAGCUGGCAGCCUUUGACUUCAGUGGUAAUGAACAACCAAACUUCACCAUAACAUGAGGAAGAACUUCUUUACAUUGAGGGUGGCAGAGUGCUGGGACAUCUUCCCAGAGAGGAUGUGGAAUCUCCUUCUCCAGAGACAUUCAAGACAAAAACCUAGCUGGACACUUCCUGCGUCACCUCCAGGUGACCCUACAUUGGUGGCGUGAUUGGACUAGAUGAUCUCCAAAGCUCCUUUCCAACCACCAACUAACUAUUCUGUGAAUUUAUUUCAAAUCAAUGCUUUUUAUUGAGGAUAAGUAAAGGUUAGAGGUUGAUGUAGCUGGGCCCGUGAAAUUUGCAUCUACUUAAAGGGCUGUUGCAAGUACAGCGGAGCCAGCCAGACUCCUUUCAGUUGUGGCAGAUGGUAUAGAAGGGGCACAAAAGCCAGACGUUGUGGUUUCAGUGGGCUCUGGUAUGGUUUUGGGGAGAGAACUUGU